ACGCUCCAACAAGUAGAGACAGGAGACACAAACACAAGUAGUCGUAUCGUAGUAGUGAAAAACUUAUAAAUCAAUCUCUUCCUAAUCUCUCAGGUCGUUCGUGUUACAUCCGUAUUUUGCAAAAUAUGAACAGCCAUAGCCUCUUCUUGUCCAUUAACGAUGGAGGAAACACAACUUGUUGUUCCUCCUCCUCUCUAGCUUCCCUCCAUUCUGAAACCACAAGAAGCUUUCCGUUCAGACCAUCGCAUUUCUCAAAUGGAUCAUCAUUCUCGAGGUCUUCUGCCUUCUGCAACUUAUCCUCAUCUUCAAGCUCUGACACUAAGAAACAUCUCGGGUCCACUCUUCCCUUCCUUCCAAAUCCUUCUCCAGCUGCUGCGAGUUUCACUUUCACUGAGGAGGAUCUUCUGAGCUUCUCAUUCGAAGAAGUAGUAGACACCUCUUUUCUUGCUUUGUCCGGAGAUGGAGGUUUUCAAGAUGUUGUUGACAACUUUUCCUUAUCGGAGGAGCAAAUGGAAUUGCAGUUCCUAUCUGAUGAGCUUCAGUUAGCUAUCACAGACCGUGGCGAGACCCCCAGGCUUGAUGAGAUAUACCAAGUGACUGGAUUGAGUCCUGGUCAGAACGGUCUUCCUACAGCAAUGCCUGUUUUAUCACAACAGCCAUCUCCAGGAGAAUCAGCAGCAGUUAACCAAAAACCAAGAAUGAGAUGGAGUCCUGAGCUCCAUGACUGUUUCUUAGAGGCCGUGAAGAAGCUUGAUGGCCCUGAGAAGGCAACCCCAAAGGCUGUAAUGAAGAUGAUGAAUGUUGAAGGUUUGACAAUCUACCAAGUGAAAAGCCACUUGCAGAAAUAUAGAUUAGCCAAAAACAUGCCAGAGAGAAAGGAAGAGAAGAAGAGUAGUGGUAGUUCAGAAGACAAGAAACCAGCUUCCGAUACAAGUGAAGCAAACGGUAAAAAGAAAGGAGCUAUACAGUUAACGGAGGCUCUCAGAAUGCAGAUGGAAGUACAGAAACAAUUGCAUCAACAGCUCGAGGUACAGAGAUCGCUUCAACUACGGAUAGAAGAGCACGCUAGAUACUUGCAGAAGAUCUUGGAUGAACAAAGCAAAGCCGCCGCCACCUCCAAACAAGAUUCUCAUCUUUCAUCAUCUGCUGAAGUCGAUGAAUGUGAAACUUCCCUAAAACGUCCAAGGCUUGAAAACUCAACAUCCCACUAGCUAGUAGCAACAUUACGCCUGUCAGAUGUGUAUUAUUUGAUGUAAAUAUGUGGUUCUUUGGUAGAUACCCCAAGAGCUAGUUAUAAUAUAAUAAUCAAGUGGUUUAAUAAACUCUAUCUACCUGCAUUUGGGAUUCUGAGAG